CCCUCCCUUUCCGUCUCUGCUCGCCGCUAUCCUCUUCAGCCUUGCCUGCCUGUCAGAAAGGUACUCCAGUAUUGGAGGCUAGGCUACCCUCCUCCCGGACCCCGUACGAGAGAGAGCCAGCCACCGUCGUACCCCAAGGCUCGGGCUCCCCACUCAACGGCUCCAACCAUGGCAACCACCGCUACAUCCACCCGGUUUACCGACGAGUACCAGCUGUACGAGGAGCUCGGGAAGGGAGCUUUUUCAGUGGUGCGUAGGUGUGUAAAAAAGUCAUCAGGACAGGAAUAUGCUGCAAAAAUCAUCAACACUAAGAAGCUGUCUGCAAGAGACCAUCAGAAGCUCGAGAGAGAGGCUCGUAUCUGCCGUCUUCUGAAACACCCUAACAUUGUGAGACUCCAUGACAGCAUUUCAGAGGAAGGCUUUCAUUACCUAGUCUUUGACCUGGUGACAGGAGGAGAGCUGUUUGAAGACAUUGUAGCCAGGGAGUAUUACAGCGAGGCCGAUGCCAGUCAUUGCAUUAGUCAGAUCUUGGAGAGUGUCAAUCAUAUCCACCAGCAUGAUAUUGUGCACAGAGACCUCAAGCCCGAAAACCUGUUGUUGGCCAGUAAGAUGAAGGGAGCUGCAGUGAAGCUGGCAGACUUUGGCCUUGCUAUUGAAGUGCAGGGAGACCAGCAGGCUUGGUUCGGGUUCGCUGGCACACCUGGAUAUCUGUCCCCUGAAGUCCUAAGGAAGGACCCCUAUGGCAAGCCAGUGGACAUUUGGGCAUGUGGUGUUAUUCUCUAUAUCUUGUUAGUGGGAUAUCCUCCUUUCUGGGAUGAAGAUCAACACAAACUCUAUCAGCAGAUUAAAGCUGGAGCAUAUGAUUUUCCAUCCCCUGAGUGGGACACAGUGACUCCAGAGGCAAAGAACCUGAUCAACCAGAUGUUGACUAUAAACCCAGCCAAGAGAAUCACUGCCGAACAGGCCCUCAAACACCCCUGGGUCUGCCACCGCUCUACAGUGGCCUCCAUGAUGCACAGACAGGAAACUGUCGAGUGUCUCCGCAAGUUCAACGCUCGCCGAAAACUCAAGGGAGCCAUUCUCACCACCAUGCUGGUGUCCAGAAACUUCUCAGUGGGCCGGCAGCAUACCAACUCUGCUGCUGCCGCCUCCUCCACGGCCUCACUGGCUCAGGAAGCAUGCAAAAGUUUACUCAACAAGAAGUCAGAUUCUGCUAAGCCUUCCACCAACAACAGUAAGAACAGUAUAGUGAGCGCCAUCAAUGCCCUGAAAGACACCAACAUGGCAUCCAACGCCCAGAUGGAGUCUCAGAGCACAGUGGUGCACAACCCUCCUGAUGGAGUCAAGGGAUCAACAGAGAGCAACGCCACCAACGAUGAGGAGGAGAUGAAAGGUAGGAAAGCGGACAAUUCGGCGCAGAGCAGCGCCACCGAGGAGAUGCCCCCUCUUCUGCCCUCACCUCAAAGCUCACCUGCCAUUCCACCGCAUGACCUAAAGCGCAUGGCAUGGAACAGCACAGGCAACAGCUCCUGCCCUGACUCUGAGCUCUCACAGUCCUCCAUGCCUGCUGCUCCGCUAGGGAGCAACACUGUUGCUGCUAUAAACAACACUAAGCAGACUCGUAAACAGGAGAUCAUCAAGAUAACGGAGCAGCUGAUUGAAGCCAUCAACAACGGAGACUUUGAGGCCUACACGAGGAUUUGCGAUCCUGGACUCACCUCUUUUGAACCCGAGGCCCUGGGGAACCUGGUGGAGGGCAUGGACUUCCACAAGUUCUACUUUGAAAACUUGCUGAGCAAGAACAGCAAGCCUGUGCACACCACCUUGCUCAACCCUCACGUGCACCUGAUUGGCGAGGACGCCGCAUGCAUCGCCUACAUCCGGCUUACACAAUUUGUGGACACCACAGGCCGCCCUCGCUCCAGCCAAUCAGAGGAGACUAGGGUGUGGCAUCGUCGCGAUGGAAAGUGGCUCAAUGUUCACUUCCACUGCUCAGGAGCGCCUGCUGCACCACUCCAGUGAUCAGUGGUCCUGAGCCUCCAGUCUACUGGAGUGUGUGUUUUGGGGGGCAGUUUUUUUCAGCGAGCGUGUUUCGGAGGCCCGUCCUCUGCGUGGAUUGGCUAGUGCCAGGAGCCCGGCCGGGCGAGAUCGCAUCCCUCUCCACGUUACCAACCAAUCCUGUCCCCUCUUUGACCUACUGGGGGCUGGCUGAACACAAGACACCGCCCCCAUGGGAUGAUGCAUGCAUCUGGCGCCUGAUUGGAGGGUGCGUCUUUGCCCUCUAUCCCUCCCCUGGCAGCCAUCUUUUUUCUGCCCGCACGACAUGAGACGUCCUGCGUGAGGAGAGGAUUUACAGUUGAACUUGUGACAGUUUAUGAGUAUGAGUUAUGAAUAUGCUGUGUAAAUUAUGACUAGAUGUACCAGAAACCACCAAAACCCAACCAAGCAUUUAUCUUCACUAUCUAAUAAGGGAGGAACAGAAGGGAGUGUGAGGUUAGCAGCUGAGAUUUUGGACACAUUUUUUUUGGCAUUCUAGGGAUUUCCGGGUAGAAAGUGUUGUGCUUGUUUACCCGGACGUUGAUGUUAAGAUGUAGGGAGAUUUUCCCCAAACUGAAUUCUAGCGGGAAAAAAAAAAUCAAGUCUGCUCAGUCAGAGAACUUGACGACGACAGAAACUUGAUAUCAAAAACAUGAAGCACCAAAGUGUAGAACUUUAGGCUUUUUAUGUGUUUAUGUGUUUUGUUUGUUUGCUUGUUUUCCGACCGAAUGGAAAAAAAUCAUGUUGUUGUGGGACUUCUGGGGUGGGGAGGGGCGUCUGAUUUUAGGUUACGUGUUCUGUUGUGUUUUUAGCGUCCCGUUCCCUUUUAUGUUCCUGUGAAUAAAUAACCGGAGCCUUUUCCUUUAUUUUCUUUUCUCUUCCUGACUGAUCCUAUAACCAAGGCUCCUUUUUGUUUUAAAGUUGUUGUUGUUUUUUUAAAGAGGGAUUUUAUUGUGCAAGUUUAAGCUAACCUGCGCGUGUUAGCACGUUCUGUUGUGUCUGUAUGCAGUGGAGGGAGAGAGCGAGGCGGGGAAAGGCGUCUGCGUUUUGCAUGUUUGCCCGCCGCCUCUCCCUCAUUCACCCCCUCUCCUUUAUCCCUUUUUUCUCUCUCUUAAACCAUUCCCUCUUUCAACCCUCCCCUCCUUUUAUCUGCUUUCUGCAAGGGCCUGGUUUGUUUAUAAUCACUGUGUAAAUACAGUGUAUGUAUAGAUAUAUGUAGAAAAGUGUAAUAUAUGUACAUGUAUCUAAGAGACACUCAUCCUGUGCGUUCGACAUGGGAACCUUCCCAUGUCCCCUGUGAACCCCACCUUCAUCUUCCUCACCACUUCAAAACUGCUUUAAUUCUUCUCCUUUAAAGUACUUCCUUGAAAUAUUGGUAGCUCUAGAUCCUUCUUGACAAACACGAGCACACAGGCACCCACGAGCUACCAGCUCUUGCCCCAUGGCCGCAAGACUGUUUUUGAUCUUCAGAGACUGGGAAUAAAAGUUGAAAAAGUUCACCCUUCUUGCCCAACAAGACUUUCCAUGAUAGUGUCCUUAUACCUGAUCCCACAAUGCUGUGAGCCGUCCCUUCAUAUCAUAAACACACACGCCUGGUGGUGUGUUUAGGCUUUGUAACAUAUCUGCACCACUGCUGUGUGACCACGGUGCCACCCUUGCUGUGCUGCUUAAUUGUCUCCCUCCAUCCGCAACAGUCGUAUCUUAACCCCCCUCCCUCCCAAUCCUGAUAUCUUCCUCCCCCUCCCUUCCUCCCCCCUCCUUCGUGUACCAAUGUGUCCCUGCUCUUGAGAUGUUUCUUUGUACCUCUCUCUGUUGUUUCUCCGUUCCCGUGUUACUGGUUUGAGUUUUUUCGUUGUCGUCGCUGUUGCUGUUGACUUGUCGUUUGGUAAAAUUAUUUGCCGAUCUGCCAAGCUGAGUUCUGCACUCUCCCUCGCACACAGAAGAAAAAAAACUAACAAAAAAAAAAGGGAAAAGAGGGAGGACGUAAAGACAACACAAAUUUACAGAAAGAGCAAUCACCGAUUGAUCCAGACUAAAUUAUUUCUCAUGUAAUCUACCCUUGGUGGUUUUAAAUAGUGCCUGCUCAGUUGAGAGGAGUGUUAAAGCCAGAGAGAGAGAGAGAGAGAGAGAGUUGGUGGGGGUGUGCAGGUUAUUGUGACCUCCACUGUUAAACCAGAGCGGGAGACCUAGUUAUAUGCAUGUUUCAGUUACGCAUUUCUACCAUGUACCUACCUGAAUAAGGAUGGAGCUAGUGUUAAUAUAUGAUAUUUGCAUCUUUUGAAAUAAGAAUUUCUCCAUCCAGAAUGUUGAAUAGGUGACAUGAAAAAUAUAUUUAAAAAAAAGCAAAAUUUUUAAAAAAAGGAUUCAGGAGCCGUAGCUUGGUAUGAGGCCCUCGAUGUUAGCGUUUUCCCUGCGUUGUAAUGAUAUACUAUCGGGCUGCGCUUUCUCCCCCAGCCUUCACAUGGAUGCUGGAGUUUUUUUGCAUGAUCAUGAUGUACAAUUAAAUACAACCAUGAAUUGACGACUAUCAAGUGUUUGUCUGAGUGUUAGUUGGUCUUCAUCAUAGCUUUGUUAUUCUUCAAACUUGGAUCUUGAAAGUAUUUAAUAAAAAUACUAUUUCAGCACUG